GGGAGCGUAAGCUUCAUAAACGGCAACAGCUGCGGAGUAAAAUCCGGGUUUCUCUGAAGGUGCUGGUUUCUUUCAGCCACUGUGAGCAGCUGAGAAAGGGGUGGGAUCCUUUUCAAGUUGGUUAGUUGUGAUUUGCUGAAUUCGUAGACUUUUCCCCUCAAAACCCCAACCGUCUCUCUCUUUUUUUUUUUUUUUUUUUCCUUCUCCCCCCCCCCCCCCCCCCCCUUCUGAGAGAGAGAGAAAGGGAGAGGGAGAGAAGUUGACUUGCGGCUGCAUCUCAGCGCGCACGUCAGCGUUAAUCUGGUCCCUAGAGCCUUGCCUGCCACCAUGAGUUCGGAAGCCGAUGAACCCAAGGAAGUGGCCACAGAUGUCUUCAACUCCAAAAGUCUGGCCAUUCAGGCCCAGAAGAAGAUCCUGGGGAAAAUGGUGUCCAAAUCAAUAGCAACUACUUUGAUCGAUGAUACAAGCAGUGAUGUUUUAGAUGAGCUUUACAGAGUAACAAAGGAAUAUACACAAAAUAAAAAAGAAGCAGAGAAGAUAAUCAAAAACCUCAUUAAAAUAGUCCUCAAAUUGGCAAUUCUCUACAGGAACAACCAAUUUAAUCAGGAUGAAAUAGCACUGAUGGAGAAAUUCAAGAAGAAGGUUCAUCAGCUGGCUAAGACAGUGGUCAGUUUCCAUCAGGUGGAUUAUACGUUUGACAGGAACUUUUUGUCCAAACUGUUGAAUGAAUGCAGAGAGCUGCUCCAUGAAAUCAUUCAGCGUCACCUAACUGCAAAGUCACACGGACGUGUCAAUAAUGUGUUUGAUCACUUCUCUGAUUGUGAAUUUUUGGCUGCCUUGUACAAUCCCUUUGGACCUUAUAAAAUCCAUUUGCAGAAACUUUGUGAUGGGGUCAACAAAAUGCUAGAUGAGGGAAACAUAUAAGUACUUGUAUUAGAGGUGACUGCCUAUGAGUUAUUUGUAGAUGGAACACUGUUGAUUUAUGAAGGAAUAAGGGAGCAUGCAAAGAGGUUUUUUUUAACAUUAUGACAAAUCUUUCCUAAAUAUCUUUAUUAAUUGAUUUCUUACUAUGCGCUAUCUUUUGCUAUUCAGAGUCCAUCUGGAAGAAAAAUUGCACAUUACUUUUUUUAUUGUGCUUUGCCUAUGGAAACAGCUUGAUGAAGACAAUCAAACAGAAUGGUUCAAGUAGAGUAAGGGCGUUGCAAGAUAGAUAUACAAACCAAAACAAUAUGCUGUCAGACAGCCUGCAUCUUUCAUAGAUUUACAGAAUUAAUUCUAAACUAUCAGAACCCAGUAAUGUUGGUAAUAGACUAUCAUGGUGAUGGUACACUCUGUAAUUUCUUUUAUUUACUUGUAAAAUAAAUGUAUUUGAUUCAGUUAUAGUCUUUUAUGCUCUCUGCACAGAUAACAGCUUCCUAGUGUUGCCAUUAUGAAGCAUUGAGUUUUAAAUAAAAUCAUUGAUGCUGUCACAUAGAGUCUUAACAGCAAGCUUGAGCAUCUCCAGCUCAGAGCUGAAAACUUCCUGUCUGCAAGGGAGGAUCUCCCAAAUAGAGAUCCUUAUAGACCUGCACAGGUGCUUGCUUCCUUUGACUACAUGGGGAUUAUUUGAGGAAUAAGCUAAGGAAAAUAGCUGAACUGGGGAAGAGCACUCCUAAAAAACUGCUUGUGGUACAGAAUUUUAACUCUGCCUGUGAUAAGAUAAAACACAGUGACUUCUCUGUGCAAUUCCUUAAGAGUUUUGGAAUUCUGCUAGUAGAAUCAUAAAAUCAAUAAUUUGGGUUGGAAGGGACACAGUUCUUUCCAAAAAUAUGUGAGUCAGUAUAUCUGAUAUACUACUCUAAUGUGUAUGAUGAUAUGAAUUCACCAAAGUUGACAAAGUUCCCAUUGCAAGCUAAUUUGCUUUGUGUACAAUGAAAGUAGAAACAGAAAUUAAUGUUAUCCUUGUGUUAUAUACUAUUUAACUAAUGGAAAAAUGGAAUUUUAAACAUUUUUUUCUUUUCUUACUUUCCUACCUUUUAUUCUUAUUUUUCUUCCUCAUCUUCUCUCUGCCUUGACAUUGGGGAUAAGAAAUGUGACUUUCUAGACACUGUAAUGUACUUAAAAGCAUGAAGUUAAUACAUUUCAAACAGCCAAAGACUUCUUGUUAGGAAGCAUAUAAAGAAUUUGCUGUUUAUUUAAUUGCCAGUGUUUUUGCUGUUUGCUGUGUCCUUUUGUUUUAAUGAGUAAACCAAAGAAUAUUUGCACUCCAAA